CCACCCGCGCUAUCCGUAAUCAAGUUCCGUCCAAAGCUGCUGCCACCGCCAUCAACAGGAGAGUAAUCUUUUUUUUCUUGCUUUGCUUUACUUCUUCCGAUUUUGCUGUUGUUUUUUUUUUGCUCUGAUAUCACCCUCGCUCGCGCCUCAGCGAGUACGUAUUUCCGCACCGCUAAACGCCACCACCUCGAGACGCCUCACGACGACGGCACGGCUUCAGAAUCUGAGAUUUCGGAAUACGCGGAAGGUACGAGCGCGUCAGGCGAUUUGCUAGACGGUCAGUCUUAUUCUGGCAGCGGAGAUUUGUGCACACGCAAAGGUGUGUUUGUCUUGUGUUCGCGAUUAACGACUUUGGCUUUUGCCUUAACAACUUAUACUUACGGUUUUUUAAUCGAAGCCCUCCCUCCGAAGUUUAUCCCCUUACAAAAUCGUGUGUCUUGUUCGGAAGGAUUCUUGCUUAGUUGGAGGAAUAUUUAUCCCCCGGAAAAGUUGAGAAAAGUGUGAGAGGUUCGUGUUUUCGGUAGUGGACGCGAGGAGCUUUUUUGUUUUUCAACCAGCAACUUUUGGGUUAGAAAUUGUUGCUCCAAGCGAUAGUUAAAAAACCCACAGGUGAUUCAGUGAUAGUUUUUCCUGAAAAGAAGGAAAAAUUCAUUUCAACCUACCAAUCAACAGGAUUUCCGUAGCUUUGUAGCUUUCCUUUGAGCGGAAGAGUGACCUCCUCAAUAGAGAGAGAGUGUGUGUGAGUGCGUUUUGAGAGCUUUUCACCCAUCCAGGACCCCCUCGGAAGUUUAAGAGAAAAACAACAUCAAAAGGAAAGCACAGUGGAAAUCGUCUUUUUGGUGUGACUUGUGUACGGUUGAAAUAGAGCAAACGAAAAUACUGAUAUAAAAAUAGGAUUACAAAAAACCCCAAAUCUGUUCGUGAGAGUUUCUGUGAGAGUUCCGCGAGGCUGACAGUUUUGUUGUUGUUGUUACAACACGCAUCGUCUUUCCACCCACCACCCACAAGAGGCUGCUGUUAGGGAUAUUCUCGGUGUGUGUUUUUCACGGCGAAAACUUCACGCGGCUAGUGGUUUUUCCUAGGAAUAAUUCCCAAGGAUACAAAUUACAUAACACUUGUUCCGGCCAUUUGAGAAGUUCCGAAUCCGAGUUGCCGUUGAGUUAUUUUUCUUCUUAUUUCGGCCUCUCGAAUUGGUGUUGUUGAUUUGUUGUUUGGUGGAAGCGGUUUCGAGGUUGCAUUCCCGGAAGUCGUCCCCCGGAAACUGUCUACCAUCAUCGUCUGGCUCGCUUCUCAACAGAAUCGACCAUCAACAGUGGAAGCAACGUUUUAUAUCUAGAGUUUAGUUAAGGAACCACACAGCUUCACACACCCACACAUACACAAAAAUGGCCUUAAUCAUGAAGUACAUCGACAGUAUGCACCACUACAUGGACAAAUAUGGAGAUCCCCGGACGAAAGAUUGGCCUCUUAUGUCCUCUCCAUUACCCACACUGUCACUUUGUUUAGGAUACGUCUACCUAGUCAAAGUUCUGGGCCCCAGGCUCAUGGAAAACCGCAAACCAUUCCAGCUGAAAAACACCCUCAUAGUCUACAACUUUGUACAAGUCAUCUUCAGUGCCUGGUUAUUUUAUGAGAUCGGUGCAGCGGGUUGGCUAACGGGACAUUAUAACUUCCGAUGUCAACCAGUCGACUAUAGUAACCACCCUAGAACGUUAAGGGUAGGUUUUGAAUGUUUAUUUUUGUCGUUCUUGUUUUUGUUGUUCACCCAUCUAUGUAUGUAUUUAACCCCCUUGCCCUGAUCUACCUCUUUUUUUUUCAACUCGAAAUGAACAAAAAGUAGCACAUUCCUGUUAUGUUGCAGUAGUAUUUCAAAUUCUAAAGCAUUUGUUAUAAAAAAAACUCGUUUCCAAUAGAAAACUCAUUACAUGACUAAAUUUGUAAUUAACAAUAGAAAUGCAAACAUGUGUGUGUUCAAUAACAACCAGAAGCCCCCAUUGGUCCUUCACUACUCGGUCUUUCGUGGAAUCGUCUUUUUUUU